UCUGUGGAGCCACCGCUGCCAUUGACAUCAUCGCGGCCGUCGUUCAAAUUGCCUGAUUCAAAAGGUGAUUUGGGCUUGCCACGCCGAGAAUUAGGGACAGAAGCAGCAGCAGUUGCAGAAAUUGAGUUGCUACCACACCACGCUGUGGUUCUCGCCCAUGCCAAGAUGCUUCUUUCUGUCUUUGAAUACGGCUCUGAAUUGAAUGAAUUGAAGGCCGAGGCACGUUUGGUGGGGUCUGCAACGCUGCCCCUUGCUGAAAUUAUACAUGCCACAGUGGAAAAGGCCACAAAUCGUUAUUCUCACAAUACCGUGCAAAGAAUGAAAAGCGAAGAAACGUUGGCGCAAAACGUUGAGUUGACGCCAUGGGAGUUACCUUUGCAUCGCUGCGGGCAGCGCGUAGGCACCUUGUGUCUGAGUUGUUCACCGCCCAUGUGUACAGCCGAUGCCACCGCGGGCGAGGAUUUGUUGUGA